GCUGCAGCGGGGGCCGGCGCCGGAGUCGGGGAUUCGACCGGCUGUGCAGACCCAGUGCUGGACCAGCGGCGGUCCGGGCAACCUCAGGCUGCGCGCGCGCCCGCUGUUCAGGGUACCCCAGGCCGAGGCGCCGACAACUGCUGGAGGCCGGUGGGUGGGCGGAGGGAGGCCAGAAGGGCGCGGGCGCCCUGUGUGUGGAGUGGCGGAGGCGGCCGGGGGCCGGGACGCCAUGUCCAUGGAGGACCCCUUCUUUGUGGUGAAAGGAGAGGUACAGAAAGCAGUCAACACUGCCCAGGGGUUGUUUCAGAGAUGGACAGAGCUUCUCCAGGACCCCUCUGCAGCAACAAGGGAAGAGAUCGACUGGACCACCAACGAGCUGAGAAACAACCUCCGAAGCAUAGAGUGGGAUCUGGAGGACCUUGACGAGACCAUCAGCAUAGUUGAAGCGAAUCCUAGAAAAUUCAACCUUGACGCAACUGAGUUGAGUAUAAGAAAAGCCUUCAUUACAAGUACUCGGCAAGUUGUCAGGGACAUGAAGGAUCAGAUGUCAACUUCAUCUGUGCAGGCAUUAGCUGAAAGGAAAAAUAGACAGGCACUGCUGGGAGACAGCGGCAGCCAGACCUGGAGCACAGGAACGACAGAUCAGUACGGGCGCCUUGAUCGAGAGCUGCAGUUAGCCAAUUCCCAUUUCAUCGAGGAGCAGCAGGCGCAGCAGCAGUUGAUCGUGGAACAGCAGGAUGAGCAGUUGGAGCUGGUCUCUGGCAGCAUCGGGGUGCUGAAGAACAUGUCCCAGCGCAUUGGAGGGGAGCUGGAGGAGCAGGCAGUCAUGCUGGAUGAUUUCUCUCACGAGUUGGAGAGCACUCAGUCUCGGCUAGACAAUGUGAUGAAGAAACUUGCAAAAGUGUCUCACAUGACCAGUGAUCGGCGCCAGUGGUGUGCCAUCGCCGUCCUCUUCGCGGUCCUGCUGGUCGUACUGAUCCUGUUCUUGGUGCUGUGAUGAUGGCGUCGUGGCCGAGGGUUCCUCCUGCACGUGAGCCCGGGGAGGAGCAGCGCGCACGCUCGGCGCCCCAAGCCCCUCUCCUGGAAGCGUGUGGCUGCGCUGGCUUUUCUGACUCCACCCAGAUGGCUCCUCCCUCCGCGCUGGCAGGACUGGCGAGAAGAGGAAGAGGGACUGCACCCCUGGCUGGACGACACCCCUGCUGCCCGUUCUGUCUGGGGGACACGAGCCACUGCUUUGCCUCGCUGGACCGCGUUCCUGAGGAGGGACCGAGGCACCCGGAGGGAUCGGCGUCGCCCCUGGAGCUGUGCUGCCGCUCAUUUCAUCGUCUCCGGCAGCUCUUUUCCUCUGCUGUCCCCUCACAAGGCGCCCGUGGAGAAUGCGGCGGCUGGGUCUGCUUCGUUUCCGUUGCUUUAGCCUUUCUUACUCCCUGAGAGCUGGCUAUUGAUGAGGACAGAGCUCAGAAGCAGUUUGUGACAGCAAAUGCAGUGUUUCAUUUUUCAGGGAUCAGUGCUGAGAUAAAAUUGCAUUUCCAGGUGCUUUUUUUUUGGGGGGGGUGGGAAAUAGUGAAACACCCUGGGGGUGCUGACCGUGUUUGGCUUUAGUGGCUGAGAGCAAUUAAAAGCACAGCGGGACCUGCACUGGUGCAGCCUGGGGAAGGGUGACAGUGUGGCCAGAGGCGGGGCCAGACCUGCUGAUUUCACCUCACUUCCCAGGGCUUCCUUCCCAGCGGUGCAACUUACAUUUUUAGGGUAACCUUUCAUAUACUGUUGCUGAUCAGUGCAGCAGCGCACUCACAUGGAUUAGGAUGCCGGCUUAUUCUCACGGACACUCAUUUUAUUCCGUUGGCAGUCUACACUGGGGGAUGGGGUUGGAGUGGUUAGUACAUUUAUUACAUUUAGCAGAAACCAUCUUGACACAAAAAGGCUAUUUCUGGACCAGAUUUCUCUUACCCUGUGAGUAAUGGCAAUAUGGGUAAGUGAACUUGAUUCUUUUCUUCCUGAAGAUAUCAGCUUGACUGGAUCAUCCAUUCUAAUAACUGAGCCAAUCCAAAUUUAAUGAUAGGAUGCUUUAAUUGAGCUUAAGUAGCUGAAACUGCUGAGACACUAAACGUCAAGCUUCUGAUGACUUUAAAGGCCUCAAAUGCGCACAUGUAUAUAGAAUAUUUUUUAUAACUUCCCUGAUGCAUAACCUGGUGUUAAAGUAGUGGCUGGACCCAGAGCCACAGCUCGGCAGUGGGGCUUCCGGCCUCUCCACUGCUGUCUUUUGCACUUGGAAAGAACAGCAGCCCCUGGGCGGCGUAAGCCUCGACUCCUCCUUUCUUUUCCUGCUUCCCUCGGCACUCUUUUUUUUUCCUUACCAUUCUCUGUUUUGUUUGUAUUUCUUAUGGUUUUGUUUUGGGGUUUUGGGGAGUUCCCCUUUUUUGUGAUUUGCAACAAACGCGCUUGCCCAGCUAACUUUUGAAUUGCACUUUUUAAUAAAUAUUUGUAACAAUU